AUGCCGAGCAAGCUGAAAAAAGCGAUUGGAGCGGUUAAAGACCAAACGAGCAUCAGCCUCGCCAAAGUCACCAACGGAGCCAACAGAAGCCGCGGCGGCGACCUCACCACCCUCGAAGUCGCCAUCCUCAAAGCCACAAGCCACGACGAGGACGUCCCGAUCGACGACCGUCUCGUCUCCGACAUCCUCUCAAUCAUAUCCUCCAAAAAAUCCCACGCCCCCGCCUGCGCCGCCGCGAUCGGCCGCCGCAUCGGGCGGACGCGGAGCUGGAUCGUCGCGCUAAAAUCCCUAGUCCUCGUCCUCAGGAUCUUCCAAGACGGAGACCCUUACUUCCCCCGCGAAGUCCUCCACGCCAUGAAACGCGGCGCGAAGAUCCUCAACCUCUCCACCUUCCGCGACGACUCGAACUCGCGACCUUGGGAUUACACAGCCUUCGUCCGCACGUACGCGCUAUACCUCGACGAGAGGCUCGACUGCUUCUUAACCGGGAAGUUACAGAGACGGUACACUACUAAUAACAAGAACCAAACCGGAAUCAGAUCCCGGUUUAAUCCGAGAGUUAGAAAUAAAACCGACGAACCGGCCGUUAGAGAUAUGAAACCGGCGACGCUCCUCGACAAAAUCACGUACUGGCAGAGACUGCUCGACAGAGCCAUCGCCACGCGUCCCACGGGGGACGCGAAGGCGAACAGGCUCGUGAAGACGUCUCUCUACGCCGUGGCGCAAGAGAGCUUCGAUCUCUACAGAGACAUCUCCGACGGUUUGGCUCUCCUCCUCGACAGCUUCUUCCACCUUCCGUACAAAUCUUGCAUCCACGCGUUUCAAGCCUCCGUCAGAGCUUCAAAGCAGUUCGAGGAGGUUAUUGGAUUCUAUGAUCUUUGUAAAGCCAACGGCGUGGGGCGCACGUCUGAGUAUCCGAGCGUUCAGAAGAUCUCGAUGGAGCUUUUGGAGACGCUUCAGGAGUUUUUGAAAGAUCAGUCUUCGUUUCCGGGGAACAAUGCUGGGAUGUAUCCUUCGCCGAAUAGUCUUCUUCUUCCUCCUCCUCCUUCGACGGUUUCGAGCUCGUUGUCGGAGAGGUGUUGUUCGGAUUACGGGUCGUUUCGGGAGGAUGCGGGGACUAGUAGUCCUUCGAUGUCUUGUCGUUCAGAGCCUUACGGAGGAGGAGGAGGAAGAGAGGAUCUUAAUGGGAAUAGCUUUGAUACGGUUUCGACUAAGUCUCUUCCUAAUACUCCCUCCAGUGUCACAUUAAAGAUGUUGGAUGACAAGGAGAGGAAGAAGAAGAAGCAAGAGGAAGCUUCUGAUCCUUGGGAGGCUUUGAUGUUGAGAGAUGAACCGAGGAAGAACAUUGAAACGAUUCCUGAAGAGCCUUCAACAACCUCUGAGAGGCAGAGAGACUCUGGGAACUGGUUGCUUGCGCUGGAAGAAACGGUUACUACGGAAGUAGAUGAUACUAACUCCAUGGCGAUAGUACCGUUCGGGUUAGAUGAUCACAUGCCUGCGUUGCAAGCCACCAUGGAGCAACACAAUCCAUUCCUGGUAGAACCAGCUCAGCCCGUAGCUAAGAGUGGAGAACUGAUGAGUACCGCGUUCAGUGCCUUGGCUGAUACGGAGUUUCAGGGAAACGUUCCUGACGAUUUUGUGCCCUCGUCUGCGCCAACUUUCAAGGCCACGGGGAGUUUACCCGACAAGUGUGAGCCAUUUGCAACAUUUGAGAGUUUUGGGUUGGGAGAGAGUGUUUCAGAAAAUGGAGGGGUACAUGAGCAAUCUGUGUUGCAAGAACAGCAGUUAUGGUUGCAGAAUCAAAACAAGAUCAUAUCUAAGCAUUUGAAUUGA